AGUUGUCGGCGGCGCCGGCGCAUCGCGGCCGCCUCAUCCCUCCAUCCCGCCCGGCGCUCUGCGGGGCCAUGGCCGCCCGCUCCCUGCGGCGCUUCGGGACCCUCCUGCCGGUCUGCGGCUCGGCGAGGCAGGGCAGUUUGCAUUUCAGAGGGUCCCCCUGUGUUUUCAGCACUGCAGCUCAGCAGAGAAGUACAGGAGAUGAGUGUGGCCCAGAAGAUCCCCAUGACGAGCCCAAGCAUCCCCUUUCUGACUGUGCCUUGGAGCACAAAGCCAUCAAAUUGGAAGAACAAGUCCGAGAUUUGACUGAGCGAUACCGGAAAGCUUUGGCAGAUUCCGAGAAUGUCCGGAGGAGAACACAGAAGUUUGUGGAAGAUGCCAAGCUCUUUGGGAUCCAGAGUUUCUGCAGGGACCUCGUGGAGGUAGCAGAUAUCUUGGAGAAGACUGCCGAGAGCGCCGCGGGAGAAGCGGAGCCCAGUAACCCAAACCCAGCCCUGAAGAAGAUCUACGAAGGCCUCUCCCUCAUAGAGGCCAAGUUGCAAAGUGUGUUUGCCAAGCACGGCCUUCAGAAGAUGAACCCUGUUGGUGGCAGAUACGACCCCUACGACCACGAGAUCGUCUGCCACGUCCCGGCCGAGGGGAUGCAGCCGGGCACGAUCGCGCUGGUGACGCAGGACGGCUACAAACUGCACGGCCGCACCAUCAGACACGCGCUUGUCGGCGUGGCCGUGGAGUCACAGGAGUGACCUGGGCUCCCCCACUGCCAUCUGGGACCUUCCUGAGCUGGGGACCACCCCCCAGCACUCAGAGCUGCAGCUGCAUGUAUUUACUUAUUUAUUGAGCUAGGUUUGUAUCGUAUGAUGGCUUCUUGAUAGUGUGUGCGGUCAUUUUGCCAUUGAUUCGAAGGUACUUGUGUAUUUAAUAAUACUUUCUGGGGUCCAUGGAGUAAUAGUAGAAGUCCUGCUAUUUGUCAGAAACGUGGCACUGUAGCCCCUUUCUCCUUUUCUCAUUUCUCCAUUAAGAUUUGUAUGGGGAAGAGAUAUGGGAGAGAAAGGGAAAUUCCCUGAGAGCUAAGGAAUCUUGUCUCCCAGCUCCAUCUCUGAGACAGACUCCUGCAGUGGCCUUCAGGGAAGUAACUUCUCUGCCUUGGUUUCCAUAGCUGUAUUAAGGGACUAUAAUAAUACUUACUGACCUACCUCACAGGGAUGUGGUGAGGCUUUUCCUUUGUAAAGCACUCGGAAAAGUCCAAAGGGACAAGUGUCAUUAUCAGCUGGUUUUGGUGUCUUCCCUUGUCCCCAGGCCCCUUGGAUGGGGAUGAAGAUGAUCACUUGAAAUGACAUUUAGGGGCAGCUUUUUCUUAUGUUGCUUCAGGAAAACAAUCCUGAAUUCAUGGAAUCUCUGUCAUACAACAGAUGAAUAGAGAUGAGUGUUUAAAGAGAAUUCUGUUGUUAGGUCAGACUAACGUAUUAGUAUUUCUUCUCCAGGUAAAAUUUCACCUUGCCUCUUUGCCCAAAUGUAAAACAGGGAAUAGUGAUUUGUGUUGGGGGCAAAAAACUGUUCUCAAAUCUCUUAUUCUCCAACCAAAAUGUAUAUUUUAGAGGAGAGUAAUUUCUCUUCCCUGAUGGGUAUUUGUGCAGCUUUCAAGCAUGAUAAACUAUGUCCUCUUUGUUGCAGCUGCUGGCAAAAUGGAGAUGUACCCUUAAGCAGGAAAUCUGGACUGCUCUAUUUUCUCAGCUCUCCAGUAAUGAUCCUCAGAUAACACUAACUUCCAGUUCCCAUUCAGAUUCUACUUUUGCGUGGUCACAGUAAAUAUUAAACCUUUUGGGUUUUGAUGCGAGGAGGAAAAUCUUCUCUGCUAAAAGUCUCAAGUGCCCUUGAACCAAUUUUAGCAGCGGUGACAAGGAAGCAAGAGAAGCAGAAGGCUGAGGAAGCGAAAGCUGACCUCGAGCUGUCCUCUUAGUUGGAGGCACGUUGUUGUCACAGCAUAUGUAUUUCCCAGUGGCCCUAUUGCCUGGGAGUCCAUUUGUCUCAGCUGAAAGGAUGCAGUCACUGAGGAAGAUCAGAGUUUUAACCCUUUGCAGAGCAGCAAGCAGUCAAAUGACAGAAGAACAGAUAGUCCAGCUAUGGUGUGCACUACACAAAACCAGGAAUGGUUGUUUUCAGGUUGUUUCUGCCUGAUUUGUUAAUUGCUGCCUUUUGACUUUUUGGAAUUGGAUCCAUGGCCCAACAGAUCCACUUCCAAAAACGUUUUAUUUAUAGUGGAUGCCAUCACUGGUUUGGAAGAAAGCUUGUUCUUCUCCCAUUCUUUGCAGGCUUUGGUUGCAAAACCCUUUUGUGGUGGACUUCAAGAUCAGUGCAGCUAUCAACAGUCUUUCAUCUCGGAGACUGUGUGCAGCUAGUGGGUUGUCAUUCCAGAAAUUUAAGGAAGAUGCACAUUUCUAAGAUGCUCCAUGCAACCUGUUUUAGUGCCAAGUGUGGAGUGACUUGGUAGUGGAUACCUUUUGGAGUGUGGGUUUCUGCCUCUGCUUAGUAUGUUCUCAGGGUGGUACUUGAGAUUUCAACCCUGAAACUGCUUCCUGGAAGGAUUAGCUCACUUUGAACUAACUUCUUGUUUUAACACAUUGUUGGGAAUUUCAGAGAUAAACAGAACUUCCUGUUCAUUGUUUUGCUGGUGUCUGUGCUGACCAGGUCACCAGGGUACGCUGUUUCUCCAGAAAGGCAUAGAAAAAAUAUGAAGUGUGGCAAUGCAAGUCUUGCUUUUCUCUCUCAAAACUGUCUCCAGCCUGUUCUGAGGAAACUCUGUCCUCAGCUGGAAGAAGCAAUUGGGUUCUCUGCUGCCUCUUCAGCCUCUGCUAUAUCAGCUGAGUCUUUUUGCAAUAUGAGGAGAGAGCUGGUUAUGGAAACUAACUUUGAAUGUGAAACUUUAGUUAUAAGGAACCAAACAAAACAAAGGCAUUUUACACAACAGGUAGGUUUCAGUCAUAGAAAGGCUGCAGCUUACCUGAGCCAGAUUUAAAAGUAGUGUGUGACCAGAAGUGAUGGGAUCCAGAUCUUCCUUAAACUCAUCCAUGAAGCCACUAGACUCUGAAAUUAUUCUGCAGCUACUCUGUCCAACGUGGGACUGUUUGCAAAUCCUGCCUGUCUCCUCAGCCAGUACCUAUCCAUUUUUGCCUUAAAGAAAUAUCCUAAAAUGCACUCCAGACCUUCUGUCUGUACUAAGAGAAUAUUGAUUCAGCUUGUGUAUCUGGGAUCCACUUUCACCGAGGCACUGUUGUGUGGUGGAGCAGGAAUCUGAGGGAUCCAGUUCCUGUGCAGUCUUUCCCACCCUCACAGAAGCCCUGUUUAAUUUUGGGCAAGCUAUUUUCCCAGUUGAACCUAUGGAACUUCUAAAGGAUCCUAUCUGGCUUUUAUGAUACCCAUUGCUGAGAGACUCUUUCAGAGAUAUUACCAAAGAGAUAAAUCCUGUAGCUGUUGUUGGUCCUAGUUUCUGCUUCCUUUGGAUGGUGAAGUGAAAAUGAAAUAACCAAACCUGGAUUCCAUCACAGAAUCCAGAUUUCCUAGGCAAAAUUUUAUUCUCUUGCCUUUCAAGCACACUUAAUGAUCUCUUCUGUCAUGGAUGAGAUUGUGUAAGGGUGGGUGUAAGAAUUUCUCCUCUGUAGGUCUUUGCUGCCUUGUCUGCCCUGUUUGUGUAACUCUUGCAGAGAGGAGAUUGACGCAUGAGCUGCUUCUCUCCAGUCACUUUAUCCAAUGACUGACUGUUUAAUAAAACACAGGAAUACAUUAGCAGGGAGGGAAUAUCAGAGGAGAGGAAGUGUCAUGUUCUUCUUAGUAAUUUCUGCUCAGUUUGCCCAGCCACGAAGAGCUGGAGCUGGGAAUGCAGACUACUAGACAAGAUGUGGUGGUGCGCGGACCUGCAUUUCCACCCUUGGGAAGUGGGCAGCCACCCUGAAUAUGGGCAUUUGCCACCUUCUGUGGCCUUGCCAUGCCCUGUCGGCAGGACCUGUUUGAGUGGAUCCCCUGGACAAGUCUCCAGCGCCACUGUCAUGAUCAUGGCAAUGUCUCAACUGACCAGAAGCAGUGCAAAAUGUGAAUGUCACUUCGUGAACCUUGACUUCUCAGUGCUUCAGCAGCAGAGCUUCUGUUGAAAAAGCUGUGAUCAGUCAAUAGCUAUUAGCAGUCCCUUAAUUAAAAAAAAAAAAAAAUUAUUUAAGUUUUAUAUUGUGAAUAUUGUAGUAUUUUUUUAUUUUAAAACUUUAGGUGUUUUGAUAUUACUUGCAAAGUCAAAUGAACAAAGCGUUGCUAAUCUCCAAAAAUCUAAAUCCAUUUAGUUGGUGGGAAACCUGUAAAUAUUGUAUUUUUUUUUGUGUAUUUCUGUGCUCUUUUUUUACCCAAAGGUUCUGGCUGUAUGAAAGACAGAGACCGACACGUGGGAGAGGUGCAAGUAGUUGACAACAACAUUUGAGUUAAUGUUGGAAAGGGCUGAUUUCCUUUAGAUGUCCAGAUACUGUCCAUUUGCAAAUAAAACAAAGGAAUUG